AUGAAAACCAGGCCUGUUCCCAAGGUCCAAAGUAUGGAGCAGUGGAAAAGGAACUCCAGACCCGGCAGGGAGGCUGAGCUGAACCAGCUAAGGAUGGUGAUGAAGAACCUGUCCCUCCUGAAGCUGUUGAAGAAGUCAAAUCCCCGUGUAAUAGGUCUCCACAGUCUGGCGAAGUCCUGCUGGAAGCUGCUCUUUCAAGUGCCCCAGAUACUGCGUGUUUCCUCUAGGACCAGUAGUGGUACUUCCUCCCAACUGAUGAAGAUGAACAGAGCUCCCAUAGAGAUUGGAGAACUGGUAGCAAAGAAUGCAAAAGUAGAGAAGGCAAAGGCAAAGGUGGAAAAGGCCAAGAGAGAGGUCAAGAAGGCCCCAAGGACUAAGAGUCACUGCUCCUCCUACUCUAAGGCCAAAGCCGCCAAGGCUCCCCACUUCAUCGUCUUGAAGAACUUUUCCAAAUCCCCCAAAGCAACCUCCCAGAACUUUAGCAAACCUUGGACAUGGUUCGAGGGCCUGCCCAAACGCAUCCAUAUACCAGCCCCCAGAACGCUCUGUCGGCCUUCUUCACUUCGCUGGGUAAAGCGCUGCUGUACCCGAUUCUGUUCUGCAUGCUUGGAGCUACCAAGAGCUUACCCCUACAAAGCAUGA